ACCCGGACUUUGCGGAGUAUUAGCCAUCUAUAAAGCCGGUUUUUGGAGGCGAUGCGGUUCGUGUUGACGCUGCGAGGCAGUGGAGGUUCAUCCUUUGGCUGCUGUCUCUGAGGCGCUUCGAGGGAAAGAGGAGAGGCGACUGCGGGCGCGGGGAACGGUCACGCCAGCCAUGCUGCAGCGUCGGGGGGACCUGGGGGGCUACCUCCAGGCCAUAGCCGACCCGGUGUUGUUGAAAGCGAAGCCUAAGCUCUACUAUGCGGGUGAUUUCACUUGGAACAGCAUGUCAGGGCGCAGCGUUCGGCUGAAAUCUGUUCCUAUUCAGAGCCUUUCAGAACUGGAGCGUGCCCGACUACAGGAAGUGGCCUUCUGUCAGUUGCAGCAGGACUGUGACCUAGGAUGCCAAAUAACUAUUCCUAAAGAUGGACAAAAGAGGAAGAAAUCAUUGAGAAAGAAACUGGAUUCCCUUGGAAAAGAAAAAAACAAAGACAAAGAAUUCAUACCCCAGGCUUUUGGAAUGCCUUUAUCACAAGUAAUAGCAAAUGAUCGGGCAUACAAAUUGAAGCAAGAUGUUCACAGAGAAGAGCAGAGAGAUGUUUCAGAACUUGUAACGUCCCUUUUACCUUUUGGGAGUAAAAGACAGAACAAAGAACUCUCAAGCAGUAAUUCAUCUCUUAGUUCCACCUCGGAAACACCAAAUGAAUCUACUUCGCCCAAUACACCAGAACCAGCCCCCAGGGCUCGGAGAAGAGGUGCAAUGUCAGUGGAUUCUAUUACUGAUCUUGAUGAUAGUCAGUCUCGAUUACUAGAAGCUCUACAGUUAUCCUUGCCUGCUGAAGCACAGAACAAGAAAGAAAAAUCCAGGGACAAAAAAUUAAGCCUCAAUCCUAUUUACAGGCAAGUUCCUCGGCUUAUAGAUAGCUGCUGUCAGCAUUUAGAAAAACAUGGUCUCCAGACAGUAGGCAUAUUCCGAGUUGGGAGCUCAAAAAAAAGGGUAAGACAGUUACGUGAAGAGUUUGACCGUGGUGUGGAUGUAGUACUGGAUGAAGAACAAAGCAUUCAUGAUGUAGCAGCUUUAUUAAAGGAAUUCCUUCGUGAUAUGCCUGACCCACUCCUGACCAGAGAGCUUUACACUCCUUUUAUCAACACACUCUUAAUGGACCCCCAUGAACAAUUAAAUACUCUGCGACUUCUAAUUUAUCUUCUACCUCCCUGCAAUUGUGACACCUUACAUCGACUCCUUCAGUUCUUAGCUACUGUAGCCAGCCAUGCAGAAGACAGAAAAGAUGAAGAUAGCCAGGAAAUCCCUGGGAACAAAAUGACAUCACUCAACCUAGCCACCAUAUUUGGACCUAAUCUGUUGCACAAGCAGAAGACAACAGACAAAGAAUUUACUGUUCAAAGCACAGCACGUGCUGAGGAGAGCGCUGCCAUUAUUGCUGUUGUACAGAAGAUGUUAGAAAACUAUGAAAUGCUCUUUAUGGUCCCAGCAGACCUUCAAAAUGAAGUUCUAAUUAGUCUGCUUGAGACUGAUCCAGAUGUUGUAGACUAUUUGCUGAGAAGGAAAGCUUCCCAGUUAUCAAGCCCUGAAAUGCUUCAGUCUGAAAGGUCAUUCUCCAUAGAAGGUAGACAUUCAUCCAUAGACUCAAACCGAACCUCAAGUGGCGAUAUAUCACCAUAUGACAACAACUCUCCAGUGCUGUCUGAAAGAUCUGUUUUGGCAAUGCAAGAAGAUAUGUCCCUUACUUCUGAUAAGUUACAUAAAGUACCAGAACAGAACACAAUAGGUAGCAAUUUUCAGCUAAAAUCAAAAGAGAAUUCCUUUGAUGUGUCAGACGACUAUUUCAGCAUCUGGGGUACCUGGCAUUCAACUCUGAAAAGUGAUUCCAAAGGGCUGGGAAUGACAGGGUCAUAUGGAGACAUCUAUGAGAGCAGCUCCUUGCGGCCAGGGCACUGUUCCCUUUCUCAAGGGAGCCUAUCGUUGUCUUCUCCUCAGUGGCAGGAAAGAAAUACAGAGCUAGACAAUGGAAAACAAGUCAUCCGGAGGAGUCAGACAACAGCUGCCCUUCCUGGUUGCCGUUUGCAUCCCCCUCUGUCUCAGGUGUACAGCAUCCCACAGAUUGAAGUAGGUAGAAGGAAUUCCAGCCAGCCCAAUUCAAAACAUCAUUCACCUGUAAGAUAUAUAGAAAACUUGAUGGAGCAUGACUCAGGUGCAACUUGCCCACACGCUGCAUUUAAGCCAUCAUCUCUAAGGCAAGCUGAAGUAAUUCGAAAAGACAAACCACCACCUCCUUAUCCUGAAACAGCAAAACAAAGCAGCUUAUCAUCCCUCCAGCCAGCAGUGUCUUCUACAGGGUAUCCGUUGUAUCAGAAGACAGACUUAUCUGAGGCCCAGGGAAUGAGGAUCAUGGCUCAGGUGCCUGAACAACCUGUCCAGCAUGAGGAGCAACGGAGCCAAAAUGAAAGAAAGUACUCCUUUCCAGACCGUGAGCAGAACAGUAAAAAUUUGUCAGAGACAGACUGGCAUGGGUGGCAAAGCGAUCGAUGGCAAAUUUGGGAGAUUUUAUCACCUGACAAUCCAGAUGCACUCCCUGAAACAUUAGUAUGAGUGGAGAGACCAGCAGGCCUUUUCCAAGUAGGGAAAACUGGUAAUAGUGGACUGGAUUUAUACUGAAUUAUUUUUUAAAGAUAUGUUUACUUUAUGGAGUAUUUUAAAAUUAAAUUUAUUAAAAGAAUUUUAAUAGCAGUUGUAAAAUUUAGUAACACAUUUUUUGGGGUUUUGUAGAAGGAAAUGUGAGAUGGCAGUCCAAACUAUUCUGUGAAAUAUAAGCUGUGUAUACAAUAAAAAUGACCCUCUUGGUGUUGCUAAGAUAUAUUUAUGUGUCUGAAGCUCAAAUGACUGUAUAUUAAGCAGAUGUUUUAUGUACAAUUGCAUUGUGUUUAUAUGCAAAAAAUGAUCUUGAAUGCUUUUUUGAAAAUAUAUUUUAAUCAUGCACUACUAAUAUUAAUAUACAAUAUAUUGAUAUCAUUGGAAAUGCACAAACUGGUUUCUGUGCUUUUAACUAAUUGUUUGUGAAAGACAUAUAUUUUCACUGACAAGAUGGAAUGAGAACAUUAAAAGCCAUAUAUUUUAUAAUAAGGAAGUUAAAGAAUAUCUAACACACUAUUUGCUUGCAAGAAAAAAUUAAUGAACAUAUAUUUUUACUCUUUUAGAAAGCAAUUCCAAUCACCCCUUCAUAAAUACGUCCGUGUCUACACCAUAUACAGAAAGGUCCCAAAUAUUCUUCUACCCAUUCCAUAUUAGACUUAUAAAAUUUGGGCAUGGGUAAGGAAGUACAGGAGAGGGCGUUUAUAAAGUUUUGUUAAGAUAGUUUAUAUGACAAACCCUUUUAAAUUUUCGGUAUUUCUGUAUAAAUAUGAACAAAAACGUGAUCUGCUCUCAAGUCCUAAAACUAGAUAAAAAGAACCCCAUGAAAUAAAUGAGCCAAAAACCUUAAUCCUUAUAUAUUUAUAAGGAUUAUAAAUAUAAUCCUUGAUGCAGUGGUUAGAGUGAAGUACUGCAAACUACUU